AUGAGACGGCGCUGUCGGCAGCAGGCUGUGAAGGCACUGGCUGCGACGGAGCGUGGUCCUCCUGGGAAGCGGUGUCUGAGCCCCGGGAUCAGCCGGCGGCGGCGGGCUGGCGAGGCGCCGGUGGCUCAUCCUGGGGCUGUGGUAGCACUCAGGAGCCGGGUACAGGAACCUGCCCGCCUGCUGGAUGGCGGUGGCAGAGGUGACCAGACGACCCGGCAGUAUUCCUCUUCCUUCGCUUACGGAAACCGGCCCCUCGUUACGCCGCUGGUGCUGGAGGAGGUGGCUGUUGUCCUGCUGGAUUCGAAGGAAUCGCAAGCGGAGCUGGGCUGGACCUCGCACCCGUCAAACGGGUGGGAAGAAAUCAGCGGCGUGGAUGAGAAUUACAAGCCGAUACGCACGUACCAGGUCUGCAACGUCAUGGAGCCAAACCAGAACAAUUGGCUGCAGACGGGCUGGAUCGCCAGGCGCGACGGCCAGAGGAUCUUCAUCGAGCUGAAGUUCACCCUGCGGGACUGCAACAGCAUCCCCGGCGUGACCGGCACCUGCAAGGAGACUUUCAAUCUGUACUACGUCGAGUCUGACUCCGACCUGGGCCGUAGCGUCCAUGAGAGCAAGCACACCAAGAUCGACACCAUUGCUGCUGAUGAGAGCUUCACGCAGGGGGACCUGGGUGAGCGUAAGAUGAAGCUGAACACUGAGCUGAGGGAGAUUGGGCACCUGAGCAAGAGAGGCUUCCACCUGGGCUUCCAGGACGUGGGCGCCUGUGUGGCGCUGGUCUCCGUGCGGGUCUAUUACAAGAAGUGCCUCGCCACCGUGCAGAACCUGGCCGUGUUCCCGGACACGGUGGCGGAGACGGCCUUUGCGACUUUGGUGGAAGUUAAGGGCGCUUGUGUCGCUCACGCCCAAGUGGAUGUGGAUAAUCCCCCCCGGAUGCACUGCAGCGCGGAGGGCGAGUGGCUGGUCCCCAUAGGGAAGUGCGCGUGUGCUCCCGGCUUCGAGGAGAAGGACGGGGGAUGCAGAGCUUGCCUUCCUGGAUUUUACAGGCUUUCCCUCCGUCUCCCUUUCUGCUCUCCUUGCCCUGAGCACAGCUUCACGCAUGAGGAAGCCUCCACGUUCUGUUCGUGCCAGAAGAACUACUCCAGGUCCCCGUCAGACCCACCAUCUGCCUCCUGCACACGUCCACCCUCCGCCCCGAGGAACCUGGUCUACAGCCUGCGGCAGUCAUCACUGGUCCUGGAGUGGAGUGCCCCUGCCGACGCAGGCGGCCGGAGCGACCUGACCUACAGCCUGUGGUGCGGCCGGUGCCCGGCGGCUCUGCGGGGCCGCUGUGAGCAGUGCGGCAGUGGUGUGGGCUUUGUGCCGCAGCAGACGGGGCUCGUGGACCGGACCGUCACCCUGGUGAACCUGCUGCCUCACGUCAACUACACCAUCCGCGUGGCAGCCGUCAACGGUGUCUCGGGCAUCAGCCCGCUGUCGGGGCAGCAGUACGCCGAGGUCAACAUCUCCACCGGCCUCGCAGGGUCCAGCAAAUGUCCUGAUUUGACGGAGAAGCGGGACAAGCUACAAACGGCCGAUUUCCCCGUGCAGCGUUCCCUGCGCCUGCUGCAGGGCCGCUGGUGUAAACGGUGCCAACUCCUGUCACCGACAUCCGCACGGAUAGUUGAGCACACGACGGCCAACGGCACUGAGUAUGAGGUCAAGUACUACGAGAAGGAUCAGAGAGAUCAAAGUUACUCAACUGUGAAAACCACAUCAACAGCCGUGACGGUCAAUAACCUGAAGCCUGGCACCCUCUAUAUUUUCCAAAUCCGGACAUCUUCCUCGCCAGACUAUGGAAACUACAACCCUAGUAUUGAAGUGGAGACGCUGGCAGAGUUGACGGUGGCCUCCAGCGAGCAGAACCCUGUCCUCAUCAUCGCAGUGGUGGCCAUCGCGGGGCUGACGGUGCUGGUGUCCAUGGUGAUCGGCGUGAUGGUCUGGAGGAGACAGUGUGGGUACAGCAAAGCCAGCCAGGACGGGGACGAGGAGCUGUACUUCCAUUUUAAAAUACCAACCAGGAGGACGUACAUCGACCCUGACACUUGCGAAGACCUCACGCAGGCCGUGCACCUCUUUGCCAAAGAGCUGGAUAACGCUAGUAUUAAAAUUGAGAGGAUCAUUGGGACAGGAGAGUUUGGAGAAAUCUGCCGGGGAUGCCUGAAGCUGCCCAGCAAGCGAGAGCUGCCGGUGGCCAUCCAGACCCUGCGGGCAGGGUGCUCGGAGAAGCAGCAGCGAUCCUUCCUGGCGGAGGCGUGCACCAUGGGCCAGUUUGAUCACUCCAACGUCAUCCGCCUGGAGGGGGUCAUCACCAGAGGGAGUACCAUGAUGAUAGUGAUGGAGUACAUGGGCAACGGUGUGCUGGACUCUUUUCUCAGGAAACACGAGGGACAGUUCACGGCCACCCAGCUGGUUUGCAUGCUGCAGGGGAUUGCCUCUGGCAUGAAGUACCUGGCAGAGAUGGGUUACAUACAUAAAAGCCUUGCUGCCCACAAAGUCCUUGUGAACAGCAGCCUGGCUUGCAAAAUAACUGGUUUCAGGCGGCCACAAGAAGAUAAGAUGGAGACCAUCUUCUCCACCAUGUGUGGGAAGAGCCUGGUGCUGUGGUCGGCCCCCGAAGCCAUCCAGUAUCACCACUUCAGUCCAGCCAGCGACGUGUGGAGCUUCGGCAUCGUCAUGUGGGAAGUCAUGUCCUACGGCGAGAGACCCUACUGGGACAUGUCCAACCAGGACGUGAUGAAGGCUGUGGAGGACGGGUUCCGCCUGCCCGCACCGGUGAACUGCCAGCCACCCCUCCACCAGCUCAUGCUCGACUGCUGGCAGAAGGACCGCAACCAGAGACCCAAGUUCUCGCACAUCCACAACAUCCUCAGCAAGAUGGUGCAGAGCCCGGAGCCCCCAAAGUGCCCCAGCUCCAUGUGCACCAGGUGACCCACGUCCAUCCCCCUCACCGAGCAGACCUUCUCAGCCUUCCCGUCUUUCAGCUCGGUGGGCGAGUGGCUGGAAGCGAUAGAAAUGGGCAGGUACAAAGACAACUUCACCGCUGCGGGCUACUGCUACCUGGAAUCGGUGGCCAGGAUGACAGCCCAAGAUGUCCUCAGCCUGGGGAUCACGCUGGCGGAGCACCAGAAGACCAUCCUGAGCGGGAUCCAGACCCUCCGGGCCCAGGUGAUCCAAAUGCACGGCCGAGGCGUGCAGGUGUGA